AUGGAGACAAUCACCAACAUCGCGACUAACGCCGCGAGCACGGCGUCGAAACUCAUCUAUGGCGAACAACCCAAGGAUGCCGAGGCCAGGACCGAUCUUGAGACUAAGACUGCAAAUAACGAGACAGGCGGCAAGGAGCCUUUGUCUGGUGAACAGGGCAAGGGCACUGCAGCUGAGCCGUACGAUCAGGGCAACGUCGCAACACCACUAGCCACUUCUGAUGACAAGUCGACCUUUCUGGAUUACAAGAACAAUGGAGAUGCUCCCAAGGAAUCUUCCUCGGGUGAACAAAACAAGCCAAGCCAGACAGCGUCAACCUCGAAUGACGACUUCCUCAAGCUGAAUCCUGUCCUUGAUGGACCUCAGCCUGACUCAAAAACUCAGUCAUCAGGCGACCCCAAAAUCUACACCAGUCGUGACGAUGCUACCUAUUCCGGCAUGCCGAUUGUUCCCCUGAAUCCCGAUUCUGCGACCUCGGGUACAAAUGCGUCCACAUCCACUCCAUCUGCCAUCGGAACUUCGACAAGCACAGAUAAGGCUGGUGUCACAGACAAGUUAUGGAAGGACACCCCGCUCGACGACAUAAGUCGUGCAGGUGCACCUGGUGCUGGUCCUACGGCUCCGGCGCAUGUUACUCCUGCAGUUCCAGACUCCACCACUUCCAGUGCCGGCUCUAGCGUCGCGAAACCAGACACUGCCGUCAAGACUGCAGCCCCCGACUCUGUCACGGCUGCUUCUAACACAUACAGCACCCACCCAAGCCAGAAUACUUCGAUUUCUGCGGUUGGCGAUGUUAAGGACUCCAAGGACACGACCGAGAACACACCAGCCAAGACAACACCUACGCGUGACGGAACUCCAUCAUGGACUGAUACCGGCGUUCCUGCCAAAGUUGAACCCUCGACGUCUACUGAUGCUGGGGCGUGCAAGAGUAUUGCGGAGGAUAGCCAUGGCCGAAAAUCUGAGGCUGACAAGUCAUCUGGAUUGACCAGUUCCCCAAGCAACGAAGAGAAGAGUGGCAAGAUGUCGCACUUGAAGGAGAAGUUGAAGGACAAGCUUCAUAUUGGUUCGAAGGACAAAUAG